UCAUAAUUUUAGCAAAAUGGCCAUCGGAGUAGAUACGUCAAAGUGGAAACCAAGAAAAAUUAAAGGAACUCCUGCUGCUAGAUUUAGAAAUGCGCUUGGUUUAGGCAUUCUAACUUUUGGAAUUAUCAGUGGUUGCAUACUACAUUUCUCCAGUGCAACAGAAAAGUAUCGAAAAGCUUUUGAGGUGCUAUAUGAAGAUCCUAUAGAAGAAGUAGAACGAAAGAUAAUGAUUGCUAGUGGUCUUCCUAACCGGUCUCCAGCUACAAUAAAAAGAAUCGAAAAGGAAUUAUCAAGGAUCGACAGACCUGAUACAUAAGUUAUGAAUAUAGAGAGUAAUAGUAAUAGCAAGAAUCACAGUCCAUGCAAAGUGGUGAGCAAAUAUUUCCAGAACAGUCCUGUUAUGGAUGAGAGUUUGUCGGAAUUUAAAGAGAAAAAAGGCAGUUGUAAAGGACCCAAGAACUCUCAAAAGUCAACUGAACAGCAACCAAAGAAGACAAAGCAGAAAAAGCCUCCAAAACGAAUUAAAGGACAAAAAGACAUUCGGACUGUUCUAAAAUCUAAAAAGAACGAUCAAUUGACUUAUGCCAAGGAGUUUGAUGAAGUUUGCAAACAAGCUGGUGUUGAUAUAGAUUCUGAACAGCUACAAUUAGCUAUAGCAUUAUCAAAGUCUUUACAAUCAUCGGAGGACAAUAAAAGUAGUACUAGUCAAAAGCCUUUGAGUUCUCAGGAAAGGACAAAAAAAAUUCGAACCACUUUGCAAGAGUAUGGAUUUGCUAUUCCAGAAAUAAAAAUAACUAAUAAGAGAAGGUUGAAAAGGCCUAGAAAGCAAUACAAACUUUUACUAUCAAGUGACACGGAAAAGCAACAAAUUAUAAGUGAUAGAUAUUCACAGGUGCUAUUUACAAGUUCUCUCUCUAAUAAGGCUCUAAAUGAAAAUGGUAUAGAUUAUUCGAUUAUAAAAUGUUAUCAUGUUGCAACAGGAAUAUCUUAUGAAACUUUACAGAACAACAAUAUUUUGUAUGUUGAAGAUUUAGUUGAAAAAUCUACUAGUAAAGGAAGAUUGCUUAGAGACUGGGCUGAUAUACCAGGCAGACCAAAAAGUCCAGUCAAGCAAGAAUCUACCAAUAUGAACUUUAGUGAAAUAGAAUGUUCGCAAGACGAACUUGACAUUGUUCUUAGUGGAACAUUGAAGUCUGCUAAAGAUAUUGUAAAGAAAAAAGUUAAUUCAUUAUCAAAUAACACACCUACAAUUUUUAUUGAUGUUGAUACUGAUAUAAAUCAUAGUAAUAAUGAUAGAACUCUGGUCACUAAAGAAUCUAACAAUACAGAUACCAUUGAUUGUAAAAAUGGAUCUUCACUGAUCUCAAAUAGAGUCAGGAGUUGUUCUCCAGAUAUCUUUGAUGAUGAAGUGUCCGUUAUUUUGACUGAUAGUCAUGAUACAACAAUCAAAGAAUCUGAGAAAUCUAUCAAAGAGGAUGAUACUAUAAUGGACUUAACAGGAGAUGAACAGGAUACAGAAAAUGCAGUGAAAAUAAAUGACUGUCAAUUAAUGCAUGAAAAGAAACAAAAUACAAGUGUUGUAGAUUUAACACAAACAGAUUUAAACAAUCACACAGAGUCUGAACAGUAUCUGUUUACAAAGAAACCUAGUAACCCAGAAAAGCCAACCCAGGGUUCCCAGAACUAUACCAGAAGAAACUCAGAUGACUUGAUGGAAAUAACUGAAUGUGUAGGAAUUUCUGAAAAAGUUAACCCCAGUCCAGCCAAAGAAAAAAGCACAGCAUCUCAAGACUCAAAUGAUGAAGUUAGAAGGUCUUCUGAUGAAUUCAUGGAAGUCAUUGCUUGUGUUGCAAAAACUUGUUCACAAGCUAGUUCAAAUGAAGAUCCACACAUAACAUCGCAAGUUACAGACAAAACCAAAAGAAAGUCAAACGAUUUUAUGGAAAUGACUGAAUGCAUAGCUAGCACCUCUUAUUCUGUUCCAAAGAAUGUUGAAACUGAUAUUGAUCUCACUCAACAAUCAGAUGAAAAUGAAAGAACUGUGGUAGAUGGAACAGCUAAGAACAUAGUAGAGAAUGUAGAUCUGUCUCAGUCAUCAAAUGAAGAUGAAUUACCUAUUGUUGAGAUGAGCCAAAGUAACAAGUCAUUAGAUGACACUAUAUUAUUAAAUAAUGACGAAAUUGAUAUUAUAAAACCAAAAGUUGCUAAUAAUACUGAUUCAAAACCUAUUGAAUUAGAAGAAACACUUGAUCUAUCAGAUACUUCAAGACCUGUUAAAUCAGACAAUUAUCUUAGGCCAUCGAAUCAUAGCUUUUUCGACGAAUUUGUACACAAUCACUCUGAUGAUGGAACUAAAGAAUCUUUAGAAAAAUCUUGUGAGAUAGAGAGUCAGAUCCAUUUAUUAGGUGAAGAAAAUAAUGAUAAUGAAGGAGUAGAUUUGACCCAAUCAUCUAAUUCAUCAUUGGCAAGUAGAGAACCAGUCAGUGAAAACAAUACUAGCAUACAAAGUUCAAAAAGUGUUGAAAAAAUUCAAGAUGUAUCAAUUGAUUAUGAUGAAAUGUUUGAUGCAAUAUCAAAAAACGAAACUGGUACUUCAAAACGAGAUCUAUCCCAGAACUCAGUUGCUUCUCAAAUGACUGAUGAAAAAGAUGGCAAUGUAUCAGAGACAUAUAGCAGAAGUUCUCAGGUGUUUGACAUUUCUGAUAAAGAGCUUGAGUAUUCUAUGAAUAAAUCAAGAUAUGAAGGAGCUUGGGGUGUUGAUUUUGGUGGUAUUUCAGUCGUUGACAAUGAUUUGUCUUUACAUAAGCCUGGGAAUAUUGAAAAGGGAACUAGCGAAUCUAUAAACAGAUCUACAAAUGAUAGCUUCUUGCCUGCAGUUGACAUUAAAAGCAGUAUGAUUAAACCAAAGAAGAAAUGUAUAUUAAAGACACCAAAUAUGUUACCUAAAAAUGAACUAGCUACUCCGUUGAAGGCAUUUACAAAUGAUAAUGCAUUUACUAUAGACACACCUACCAGUAGUGAGUAUUUUCUGAAGACUGACCAGGUGACUCCGAUGCUAGAUUUUGCAGCAAUGUCUACACCAGAGAGGAAUAGAGAACUGGACAAAUAUGGACUUAAGCCUUUUAAGAGAAAAAGAGCUAUUCAACUACUGACACACCUGUACAAUCAAACUCAUCCCGUUGUAGAAUCCUGUCAAGAGGAGCUACCUUCUCCUUCCAAAAGACGAAAAACUAGCCAAGAAUCUCCCAAAAACCACAAAUCUCCAAGAAAAUCACCAAGAAAACUGUUGAAAUCGCCGACAAAAAGAUCUCAAGCAGUAGAGAAUUUAAACGAUUGCAGUAAAGACAGUAAUGUGUAUGAAGUGACUAAUGAAGUUCCAGAAAUAAAAGCAAUCUUGUGUUCAGAAGAAGACUGGGUCUUUCAGAAACGGGAAAAGGCUAAGGUGCAGUCCUGCCGCGUUCCCUUGCAUAUAUCGCUUCACAACUACGUGUCGUGUAGACGAAAACUAUAUGAGGCUAUAUUGCGUUACGAGCCCGUUAACAUUGACGUUAUACAUAAGGAGUUGGUGGCCAGCGGACAUCGCUACGAUCCUAAGGAUCUUUUGAGGUACUUGGACAAGAAAUGCAUAACCGUUAAAACAGCUGACAACAACGCAAGGAGUAAAAGAUAAUUAAGUUGAACAUAAAUCAUGAUAAUAUUUAUGUAAAUAUUAAAAUUAAACUAGUAAAUAAAAAUGUAUUUUUUACUUUA